UCUUUCUUUCUCAGCUCAAAGGGUUAAACAAAUUAAAAUCCUAACCCUAACCCUAAUCUCCAAAUCUCUCAGUCUGGCCAUGUAAUCUCACCCAAAAUCGAAUCAGAAUCCUAUAAUAGUAAUCGAAUUAAGAAUCUAUUUGAAACGAUGCCGUCUCACGUUGAUCUGGACAGACAGAUCGAGCAUUUGAUGCAGUGCAAGCCGUUAACAGAAGGCGAAGUGAAGGCACUGUGCGAGCAAGCACGAGCGAUCCUGGUGGAGGAAUGGAAUGUUCAGCCUGUUAAAUGUCCGGUCACCGUUUGCGGCGAUAUUCACGGCCAGUUUCAUGAUCUUGUAGAGCUGUUUCGUAUCGGUGGAAAUGCUCCUGAUACUAAUUACCUUUUUAUGGGUGACUAUGUUGAUCGAGGAUAUUACUCGGUGGAAACUGUGACUCUUUUAGUGGCAUUGAAAGUACGAUAUAGAGAUAGGAUUACGAUUCUAAGAGGAAAUCACGAGAGUCGUCAGAUUACUCAAGUGUAUGGCUUUUAUGAUGAAUGCUUAAGGAAGUAUGGAAAUGCCAAUGUCUGGAAACAUUUCACUGACCUCUUUGAUUAUCUACCUCUUACAGCUCUAAUUGAGAGUCAGAUCUUCUGCUUGCAUGGUGGGCUCUCUCCAUCUUUAGAAACAUUAGACAACAUUCGUGCCUUAGACCGUAUACAAGAGGUCCCUCAUGAAGGUCCAAUGUGUGAUCUCCUUUGGUCUGAUCCAGAUGAUCGCUGUGGCUGGGGAAUUUCUCCUCGUGGAGCUGGAUACACUUUUGGACAAGAUAUUUCUCAACAGUUCAACCACAAUAAUGGCCUCACACUCAUUUCCAGAGCUCACCAGCUCGUUAUGGAAGGAUACAACUGGGCUCAGGACAAGAAUGUAGUAACGGUUUUCAGUGCACCAAAUUACUGCUACAGAUGUGGGAAUAUGGCUGCAAUUCUUGAAAUUGGGGAAAAUAUGGAGCAGAAUUUCCUUCAAUUUGAUCCCGCACCUCGUCAGAUUGAACCCGACACCACACGCAGAACUCCUGACUAUUUUUUGUAAUUGUAAUUGCAUGCCCACAGUUGGCAGUGUUUCUAAUUUGUUAUGCUGGUUUUGUAGAUGCAUCUUAUAGAAUAGAAGAAAUUUUGUGUUUACUCGAUAAAGAGACAAAAAGAAAAACAUUGUUACUAUCAUUCUUUUUGUUUGAAUAUUUUAUUUCAUUCCUGUAUUAAUGUGAGUUUAUAGAUUUUACUUUCUA